GAAUUAUACAUUUUGGUAAUUUAGCAUCCGUUGUUAUCCAGAUUUUCAGGACAUUCUGUUAAGGCACGUAUCACAGACGUUGCAAAUAAAAAAACAUCCUCAGUGAAGCGGCUGUCAAAUCGGAGCUAUACUAAGAAUAACUGAGUCUUAGUGCAAGAACGAAAAAGUAGCCUACCAGAUGUUAUUAAAAAAGGGAGAAUGGAAUACAAAAAUAACUAUGUACAACAUCACAAACAACUGAAACACUGACCUAGUAAUAUGGUGGUUGUAACACAUUUUUGCCACAGCGAUUGUCUGCAGCCAUAUCUCAUUUUAAAGCAAAGCUUUGCACUCAAUCACUUAUGAGUUCUAAUGCGUUACACUAACUAUUCAAAUAAUUAGGCCUAAUCAGACUCAAAGUAGCUUUAUCAAUGCCCGUUUAAAGCUUUUUCAAAAUCCACCUUGAAAUUCGUUACAUGAUAUCCCAUCAUUAUCAUUGCAAAGCGGAUUUAGAACGGUUGGUCUGCGCUGAAUGCGCAAGGGUUGCUUCGGGUUCCCCCCUCUUCUUGUCCAUCUAAUUCCUUUCCGCACCAAACGAGCGUGCUAAUGAUAUCCCACUCCAGGUGAGCCAAUGGGCGGGCGAAUCACCACUAGUCGCCCCCACUGCUCCCGAAGUCCCUCUGAUGUCUCUCUGCGAGGACGCAACGUCACGUCCACACUUGAACUUGAAUUCUUAUCCAAUUUUACGGAGGCAACCCCAGCCACACACACGCGGGGUUCUCCCAGAGCGACAUUACUUCUCACGUCUCUGUGAAAGAAGAAGCCAUUAAGAAACACUGGACCUCGACUGGCUGGGAGAGAAAGAGGAGGUGGCUGGCUGUGCUGUUGUCUCCAACUCCCCUCAACUCCUAGAGCGGAGAGUUCCGUGCCAUUCCGUUCACCACUGCCAAGACACGCGCCGUGUGGACUGAAUGGUGCCAAAGCUCACAUCACCUGGCAGACCCAACACUGAAGGAAUCUGGGGCUUCAGAUAGAAUUAGAAGCUAAUUGGUUCUAAUUCUAAAAAGACCCAGAGGAGAAGAAGAGGUGACAGUUGAACUCAGCGCGCUGCAGAAUAGGGCACCUUGGUCGAAACAGAAAUCAUCUUUAUUAUCUGCAAUUAUCGCAAUAAUCCCGUCAGUUUUGAUAAACGCAAGAUAACAGAAUAUAAAUAUUUGCACCUGCUGGUGUCUGUUCUAUCUUAAAGCUUCCUGCGACCACUCCAGGUGUUGCGCUUUAGGUGUGAAGUGAUUCUGCGAUAAGAGUACUGGACAGUUGACCAACGGUUUUUACCCGCCUUUCAACAAACCUCAAUAAAAACACUGUUAAGCUCUUUUCCACGGACAGUAGCUUUCUGAUAGUCAUCUGAACUGUAAGGAAUUUGUAAAGGUUACCGGGUACCAGUCAAAGCAGCGAAGGAGCACCACGGAGCAAGCCGACUCCAAGCGCAGGUCUACGGGCGAUGCCAGAGUAGAUGCAGGGGCAAUGUCCCGUCGCAAGCAGGGGAACCCGCAGCACCUAUCACUGUCGCAAAGAGAAACAAUACGACCCGAGGCCAAUCAUGAGUCGGGGGUGGGACAUUGCUCCCCGGAGCCGUCCACUCCCAGCCCCACUCCUACACAGAGGAGGGUGGGACCAGCGGAGCAUGACCUCCUGACCUGUGGAAGGUGCCAGACCAACUUUCCCCUUGGUGACAUCUUGGUCUUCAUAGAGCACAAGAGGAGGCUGUGUAGGGGGUCUGGCCGCGCCCCUGGAGAGUUCCCCAAACCGGGUGAGAGGAGGAGCCCUGUUUUGGCACGAGGAGGGGCGGUGCCGGUGGAAGUGGGAGUGCAGGUGACCCCCCAUGGGGAAGAGGAAGAGGAGAGAAGGCUGACGCCAGCAAAAGGGGUCUGUCCCAAACAGGAGAGGGGAAUCCCAGGUAAGGAUGAGCCGUCCAGUUACAUCUGCACCACCUGUAAGCAGACCUUCACCAGCGCCUGGUUCCUGCUCCAGCAUGCCCAACACAACCACGGCAUUCGCAUCUACCUGGACACCCACCCCAACAGCUACACCCUCACCCCCCGCAUGGCUCUCCCGCCUCCCAUGGGUGGAGGGGACUCCCUCCCCCGCUCCCCCUUGCCGACGUUCCUGGGGGACACCUCCAACCCCUUUCACCUCCUCCGGAUGGCGGCGCCGCUCCUCAGGGAGCACCACCCGCUCCACCCGCACCACCCGCACCCACCCCCGGGGUACCUGGACACGCGCCUCCCGGCCACCCCGCCCUUCGUCAGCCCCCCGCCCCCCCGGCACCCCCUGGAGCGCCUGGGCCCGGAGGAAAUGGGCUCGCUGCUCUCCCAGCACUCCAGUGCCUUUGAGCGAGUGAUGCGUCUCGCCCCCAUGGAGCCGCCGUCCAUGGACUUCUCCAGGAGGCUGAGGGAGCUGGCCGUGGGCAACAACACAAACAACGGGGGGCCCACGCCGCCCCUGUCGCCCAAUCGGGUGCCCCCCAUGCACCGCCUGCUGAGCCCCACCCUCUUCCAGCCGGGCUCGAAGCCCCCGUUGUUCCUCACCUACCCCCCACAGCCGCCCACACCUCAGGGAGACGCCCACACCCCUACCCAGGGGCAGAACCAAGCUCAGGUUCAGGCCAAGGCCAAGUCCUGCGAGUUCUGCGGGAAGACCUUCAAGUUCCAGAGCAACCUGAUCGUUCACAGGAGGAGCCACACCGGCGAGAGGCCCUACAAGUGCCACCUGUGCGACCACGCCUGCUCCCAGGCCUCCAAGCUGAAGAGGCACAUGAAGACGCACAUGCACAAGUCCGGCUCCAUGGGCAGCUCCCCGGAGCAAGGGGGCCGAGGAGAGGCAGGAGAGGGGGAGAAGAACAGGGAGGGGGAGGCCAGAAUGGGGAUGGACAAUGAGGAAGAGGAGGAAGAGGAGGAGGAGGAGGAAGAGGAGGAGGAGGAAAUUGAGGAAGAGGAGGAGAUGAGGAACGGCCUGAGCCGGUCCGAGUCCAACCUAAGCAUGGAUUCGGAGUUCCACGUGAACAGGCAGAGCAGGGAGAACGGGUCGAGGCCUUCCCCAGACGAGAAGCACCAUGGCGGGGACAGAGCGGCGGAAGGCGGAGGGGUGGGCACCAUGCACCCAUACAACCACCUGGACAAUCACCUGAGACUAGCCACUUCCAAGAGGAGCAUCAGCCUGGACAGGGACAGGCAGUCUAACGGGGGAGGGGGAGAGGGGGGCGACUCAGGGAGAGGCGAGAUGGAGAGAGAGAGGGAGAGAGAGCGAGCAAUUGACAGAGCAUUGGACGGGGAGGAAAGGCCCGUGAUGAAUGGUAAAAUGAGUGGAUCAGAAGAUUCCUUCACCGGGCUGUUCCAUCGAAGGCCAACACCCAUCACUAGUCCCAACCCCUCCAAUAAGAGGAUCAAGGUGGAGAAGGAACCAGAGCUCCCUGCGGCGGCCGCGCUCAUCUCCCCGGAGAACGUCUACUCCCAGCUCCUGGCUGGCUACGCCGCCUCGCGCCACUUCAUCCGGGAGCCCUUCCUCCACGGCUUCAGCGACGCCCGCCAGUCCCCCUUCGCCACCUCCUCGGAGCACUCCUCCUCCGAGACGGGGUCCCUGCGCUUCUCCACCCCUCCCGGGGAGCUCCUGGAAGGAGGGGGAAUAUCGGGCCGUAGCGGCAGCUCCACGCCUCACCUCCUCCGCGGCCCUGGGCCCGGCCGGCCCCCGAGCAAGGAGAGCCGGCGAAGCGACACCUGCGAGUACUGCGGCAAGGUGUUCAAGAACUGCAGCAACCUGACGGUGCACCGGCGCAGCCACACGGGGGAGCGGCCCUACAAGUGCGAUCUGUGCAGCUACGCCUGCGCCCAGAGCUCCAAGCUCACGCGCCACAUGAAGACCCACGGCCAGUUUGGGAAGGAGGUGUACCGCUGUGACAUCUGCCACAUGCCCUUCAGUGUGUACAGCACCUUGGAGAAACACAUGAAGAAGUGGCACGGGGAACACUUGAUGGCCAGUGAGGUCAAAGUGGAGGAGGCGGAGAGGAGCUAGGCUAGGCUAGGCUAGGCUAAAUGCUCAAGGCUAGGUUAGGAUGACACCACAGACCGAAUUGAACAAACAUUUUACCCAGACUUCAACGUGGGACUUGGUUGGAUAAUCUUUCUCUUAAAUAUUUUGGGACAACUUGAUGUAUGUAACUGUUUUUUGUUUUGUUUCUGUCACAGAAACGGCCACCUGAGAAAUAUAAACAAAGAGGAACGUGGGAUGGGGUGUUGUCAUGGAAAUGCACUGUUUCCGGACAACGAACGAUCUGUGUGAGGAUUUUAUUAUUCAACAAAUCCAUGGAGCCUUUCUACUGUGCAAUAAUUUCUGUAUUUAUUGGAGUUUUGUAAAGAUGUUUGGCAUGUGCAGGUUCCUCUUUGUGGGGUUUCAUAUGGAAUUAGUUAGCUAGUUAGUAAAAAAAAAAAAAAUGCAAUUUUUUUUUCUAAAAACCCAUAACUGGAAACUUGAUUAGAAAUAGAACUUGUUAGUUUUCUGUAAGGAAACUAAAUAAAAUAAUUAACGUGAAGAUGUCGACUUCUUAAAUUAUAGUAUAAUAAUACCAGUUAUUUCUUAAUAUCGUUUAACUUCAGCAGCGGACUACAAUCCAUCUCCUCGUCUUUGACAUAAAGCACUGAAUGUCAAUAUGACAAUAAAAUAUUAACUAUAAUUUGGGGAUUUAAAAAUCCCAAAUUACCUUGUUUUAGAAACCUGAAGAGAGUACAUGAAAUUUUAUACAAACAACUGAUUUUUAUUUUAUAUCUGCUUGUGUUGUAAAUGUCAAAAUGCUCUUAUUAUUAUGAAGCCAUCCAGUCCCUACAUUCCCAAUAUUAGCAGGGGACUUAAAUAGUGGUUGCACAUGUUGACUUACAUUCCAUAGAUACAGGAUGAAAUUGCCAUGGGGAUCUUUAAGAAAUAUCAGUUCGAAAUGGCUGGAGGACGUAAAUGUGGAAAGGAGAUCUUACAGUUUUAUAAAACUUAAUUUGUGUGUGUCUGGUUGUCCUGGGAAAGAAUAAACUUUUUUUUAUUUGUCAAACGUUAUGUAAAUAUUUUCUUUUCUUUAAACUACCAUUAUUAAGAUAACAGAAACUAAAUCUAUACCAGCUCCAGUACAUUUAGUAUAGCCACUUUAACGAAAAGCAAUCAAAGGAACAGUGGCUUCAGUUAUCAGAGUAGGCUGCUGAAUAAUAUAUGUGCAUUGUUUUUCAACAAUUUACCACAUUUUACAACACAGUUCCUCCCAAUAUAAUUUUCUUCUUAUGACCAUACUACAUUUGAACAACCUCGCAGCCACGUUGUUUACACCCUUUUAACAGUUGAAAAUAUUAUAUAAAGCAAUUUGUUAGGACAAAUCUUCGAAACACCCUGCUGUGCAUUCCAGAAUUGUCUGGGACAUUUUUGAAUAGAAGUGUUCUGUUCCAUUGGAACUGGGUGAGUUCUUCUUAUCCUCUUAUGAUUCAGUCUAGGUUAGGACAACUUGAGAUUCCACACAGAAGUGUUUGAAAAUAAACAUAUUCAUGAGACUAGUGCGUUGUUAGAAAACAUGACCAGCAGUGUCUGUAGAUUACAAAAAAAUUAAACGUCCUUGUUCUAACCUUGUUCUAACCUUGUUCUAACCUUGUAUUGUUGAACCUAGGAUUCUGUAGAACAUUUGCAAAAUGGAAUUCAUAUCAAUGCCUGUAUUCUCUGCUCUAAGCCUCAAUCUGUCUGACUGCUUUCACAGUUCACCAACUUAACAUUAAUGUCUUAUUAGAGCAGCUUUAAAAAAGAAGAGGUGGGGGCUUAACAAAGUGAUAGGGGCGUUUAACGCCCAAUAACAGAUUUUUGAAGACACUGUACGUGGUAUUCAUGACUUUUAGGGUUUUACAAUUUGUCAUUUUCUGCUACGAGGAAUGAGGAUUGUUCAUCCCAAGACAAAAAAAAGGAUAUUUAAGUUACAUUGAGUUAUGGUAAUAAUGUCCUCCACAGCUGUUCGACUGCUGGCCACACGACCUUGAAAUGUGAUUAGAUCAUUCUUGAGGUAAAAAAUGAAAAAUUGAAAUAAAGGAAAGAGAGAGAGAAAAAUGUUAAAAGGGGGGCAGGAUAAGGGGAAUGAAAGAGAAAGAUAGGAGACAGAGAUAUUAGAAAAGAGAUAAAUAUAAGGACGGAAACAGAGUUAGAAAGAGAGAAAGCCCAGAGCAAGGAUCAAAGCCAUUUAAAUUAAAUUGAAAGCAUACAAAAAGUAUGUUUUUAUCCAUAUAACCACUGUUUAAAUUUAACACCAGGAGCAUCAGACUGAGAACGACGACCAAUAUUAAAGAAGACUGAGGCCACUUAUUCCCUUGAUAAAACCCCAGUCAGUAGAAAAAAAAUCCCCUAAUCGCAAAGAUAUCUCUACGAGUUACCUGCUCUCCGCGUGUUUAGCCAGUUGGAUAUGGCUGUGCCUAGAAUUGGAAUCGUCCUAUUUGUCAUCAUCUUGUUGGAUGAAAUUAGAUUCUUACACAGAAACACUCCGGGGUUGUUGGUCCCCAAUUUCAAAUCUGCAUAUGGAAAUGUAAUAGCAUAUCGCAUUGUACGUGAUUGAUUUAAACGGCGGCGGGAGGAUCCAUUUGGGAAUAAAACACAUUUUAAUAACCACGUACUGCGAGUAGCUAAAUGUUUAGGGCAUUCCUAGGUAGUGAUUCUACAAUUUCCACUGUAGAGCAACAUUGGGUGGCAAUCAAACUCAGGAGUUGUUUUACCUUUAAUAGCACUUUUAUAUGAAGUGACUUAGUCGCGCAAGCCUCCAUUUUACAUUUAGGUGGCCCUUGAAAAUGAACCCUAUCUAUAGUGCAGGCAUGGCUCCAUGCUUUACUAAUGCCGCAUUUCCACUGGUGCUUUACCCCGGUACCAGGGCUCUCUGAUCCGGUGGAGACCGAUAGUCUAUUGAGAAAACCCGGCAGACACAGCAGCGCGAGUCAAUUCACACGAGGACUUUCAGUCUAAAAUACUGUUUACAUCGUUGAAGUACAUUGAUUAUGAUGAAAACCUCUGUGCGAGUUUUGAAACGACCAAGUAUUAUUUUCUUCAGAUGUUUUGAAUGCUGUAGCGAGCACACAUGUGAGAUUAUAAUGGUGGAGGGAUUCUAAAGUAAAUUCUUACGAAUUGCUAGGUAUAAUUUUUUUGAUUGCUGUAUGACAGGACGAUCCACAGUAUGACAGUAUGAUCCAGCAUUUCUGAUAGCCUUCUGUUAUAGCCCACUUUUCUGUCCCAAUUCAAUUGUGGGUCCAUUGAGAGGUUUUGCGGCCACUGUAUUUGUUUUCAAAUGUUUUCGGGUAAACCUAUCCUGACAUGGAUGUAAGGAACACAACAAAAAAGAAAAAAAAUGAGGUAUAUUAUGUAGGAUAAUAGAGGAAUUUUGGGAUGGGAUUAUGCAAUGAAUUCUGGGAGAAAAUGCUUUUUAUGAAAUACAUUUUAGGAGGCAUUCAUGAACAACAUAGAUUUUUACACAUGGUUGGUUGAAGUUAUUGUGAUGGCACUUAAAAUUGUAAUUUUAACACAUUUCACAUUUUCAACAGUCACAACUUUCAUUUUUCACAGCAUUUGCUCUUUGUACAAAAAUCUUUUUCCUUCUUUUUAUUUUUUGAGCGAGUGCAUUGUUGUUUCAGAGCAGCAGUACACAUGGGCUGUUUUGAACAUAUAUGUAUUUUUGUAAUGUGUUGAAAAAUCAAUACACGAAACAUAAAAAAAUUCAAUAAAUGUUUGCCCUAUA